ACAAUUUAAUCAGCCCCUCAUGGCCAGCUGCAGUAUUUCACAGCUGAUAGCAGCAAACUCUACAACUCUGGGAUUUUUAAACCAGUCAGUGUGGGAAUUGCUGGGAGCUUUAUUUUGGCAUGGAUCUGAAAGCAUAUCAUCACUUCUGAAGCAUCUGAAAAAUGACCAAACUCUGUGUACUGGGACUGAAAAUGAACUAAACAUGCUCAAUUCAAGCAACACUUCAGAAAAUAACUGUGUUUACAAUAAAAUCAUUACACAACAAGUUCUUCCACUGACCUAUGGUUUCAUCUUUAUAGGAGGAAUACUGUUAAAUGGAGUGGCAGCUUGGGUCUUUCUUCACAUUCCCAGCAAGACAAGCUUUAUUGUUUAUCUCAAGAACAUUGUCAUAGCUGACCUUAUUAUGAGCUUAACCUACCCUUUCAAAAUUUUUUCUGACUCCAAAAUUGGACCUUGGCAGCUCAAUGUUGUUGUCUGCCGUUUUUCUGCUGUUAUUUUUUAUCUGAAUAUGUAUAUUAGCAUAGCAUUAUUUGGACUCAUAGGCUUUGACAGAUGCAUCAAAGUAGUGAAGCCCCAAUCAAUCUAUUCAGCUUACAAUGUCCAGCGUAGCAAAAUCAUCUGUGGUGUCACAUGGGGGCUACAACUUCUUAUAUCUUUUCCCAAUGUUAUUUUAACAAACCAAACUCCUACAGAAGACAAUUCAAAUAACUGUAUGAACCUCAAAAGCUCUCUUGGAGCCUUGUGGCACAAAGCUUCAAACUACACAUGCCUAGGAAUUUUCUGGAUCGUGUUUUUUCUCUUAAUAGUCUUCUAUAGUUCCAUUGCAAAGAAAAUAUAUAUUUCACACCAAAAAUUUAAGAAAAACUCCACAUUGGCAAAGAAAAAGGCCAAUCGAAACAUUUUCACCAUCAUGCUUGUAUUUAUCAUUUGUUUUGUUCCAUACCACAUUGUCAGAUUCCCAUAUACAUUAAGUCAAACUACAUCAGAUUACAACUGUGAGUUAAAAAGAGUACUGUUUUACAUAAAAGAACUUGCUUUGCUACUGUCUGCUGCAAAUGUUUGCUUUGAUCCUAUUAUUUAUGUACUCCUUUGUCAACCAUUUAAGGAAAAAUUGUACCAAAAAUUGCAUCUGAAAGUUAAAACAUCUGAAGAGUUUGAAAAUUCUAGAUCAAGAAAAUCAAAUGCUAUUUGUGAAACAGUUAUUAUUUUAUAGAUUCUAAUAGUAAGCUUUUUCAAUAUUAUGGAGACGUGGGCAUGUGUUUAAAUUAAAGAAACAAUUUAAGACAGCUGAAAUAAAGAAUAUUUGCACAUUGGAGAAA